GGAAGGGUUCCGCUCCAGAUUGGAAAACAUUGUUCGUGGCCAAGAAGUUCAACAUGAGAAUAAUGACCAAUCUCAAUUUAGAAAUCAGGAAAGUGAAGUUAACCCAUUGCAGGAUCGUAUGUCAAAUUUGGAUAGCAGCACAGCUGUUCAAAGUACAGUUCAACAAGCUAUUGCAGAUCAAGGAAGCAAUUGGCAGGAACAGAUUACUGAAGAUGAGAGAGAAAACGUGCAAGAAUCAACCUAUAAUGAGUCCAAUGGAUGGAGAGAUGGCACAUUGCAAGACACUGAUAGGAACUGGCAGGAAAAUCCUGUACCUAAUUGGAACUUGGAAGCAUCAGCAAAUGAAGGUGGAGGUCAAAGUCAGCUGGAAGAAGUCCAUCAGGUUUGGCGUGAUGAUGGCUCUCGCUCUCGAGAAGCUAUAGAUAAUUGGUCGGAAGGACCGUCAGAUAUUCCAAGAAGGCGGGACUCUCUACCACACAGAAGGGGCACCAGGUUCCACCCUCCUGAUGAUGAUAACGUGUACAGCAUGGAACUCAGGGAGCUUCUUAGCAGGAGGAGUGUCUCUAAUCUUCUUCAUAGUGGUUUCCGUGAGAGCCUAGAUCAGUUGAUUCAAUCAUAUGUAGAAGGGCAAGGCAGGUCUCCUAUUGACUGGGAUCUGCACAGGAACUUGCCUCUUCCAGCAUCCCCGGAGAGGGAUCAGGACCAACAUAAUGAUGAUCAGAAUGAGGAUCAGCAUGAUGCAGUAGGUAGACCUUCAUUGCUAUUACCAUCCCCUCCAGUACCACCAUCUCAACCACUUUGGCAUCAGGAUUUGCACCACUCUAGUUGGUCUCGUCACCAUCGAUCUGAACUCGAGUGGGAGAUGAUUAAUGAUCUGAGAGCAGACGUUGCAAAACUUCAGCAAGGUAUGAACCAUAUGCAAAGGAUGUUAGAAUCUUGCAUGGACAUGCAACUGGAGUUGCAACGGUCAGUCCGGCAGGAAGUCUCAGCUGCUCUUAAUCGAUCAACUGGUGGACAAGGGAUGGCAGAGACUUCAGAGGAUGGGUCUAAAUGGGGUCAGGUUAGAAAGGGUACCUGCUGUGUUUGCUGUGAUAACCACAUUGAUUCUUUAUUGUACAGAUGUGGGCAUAUGUGCACUUGUUCUAAAUGUGCAAACGAGUUGGUUCGCAGAGGAGGAAAGUGUCCAUUGUGUCGUGCACCCAUUGUUGAGGUGAUUAGAGCUUACUCCAUACUGUAAAAAGAAACCAUAGAGAAUAAAAUUUGCGAACCAUUGAUAAGAUA